UUGAUGGGGAUCUGCGCUGCAGACUUGAUCACGAGGGGAAGGACUCAUCUUGAUCGACGACUUACUGAUGCAAAGAAAUUGAUGAUUAAGAUUUUCAGAGUUCAGUUAAGACGAGAAUUUUAUGGGGAUUGUCCGGGAGUUCGAGCUGAUGGGAGCUCAGAUUUCAGUGAUGAAAUUGGCAAGGAACUGAGCCGAAUGAGUGCAGAAGCAGGGCUAAGUUUCCCACUGAUGUCUGACGAGAAGAUCAGGUACUUCAAUAUCAUCAUCGAGCGACAACUGACUUACUCG